CUAAGCCCACGUGUAUUCCCCCCUUAUUAAUCCUUUUGCUUUUUCUAUGAUUUUUCUUCUCUCAGAAGUACCAAUCCAAUUGGUUUUCAUCACUAAACCCACCACCCAACGCCGCCGACCGCCGUCCAACAUUCAUCGCUACGUCGAACCAUUUUACCCGAUUCUCUGGUUCGAAACUCUUUCUUUCAUCUGAGUAUCUCUCAAUUUCACACGCCAUCGUCAUCACCUGUAAAACAAAUUUCCACGUUACUUCACGUAACUUCUUUCAUUCAUUUCUUUUAUAUCUACUUCUAAAAUUCUCCUUAAGACUUUGGUAUGUUAUUCAUCUCAUAACACACAAUCCAUUACAUUGUUUCUUAAAUCCAGGACCAAUUCUUGAUUCUGAAUUCAAAUUAGUUAUAAUCUGAAUUGGGUUUAUUGAUUUUGUUCUAUUUAUCCAUCUGAUUUCCUUCUUGUAUAUGACCUGAGUGUGCAUUUCAUGGGAGGCGUUGAGGCUAAUCAACCACAAUCAAAACGCAUAAAAGUGAAACGAUCGUCGUCGUCGUCGCCUAGUGAUAUUAUUGAAUCUUCCGAUCUUGACUCUCCAAUGGCUGAAUCCCUAGCCGAUGAUACAAUCGGCUACAAGGGAGUUAGGAAAGUCGAAUUCGUUAGAUUGGUUGCCGAGUCAUUACAUUCUCUUGGGUAUAAAAAAACUGGUGAAUAUCUCGAGAAAGAAUCAGGCAUUACUCUUUCUUCAUCUGAAGUUACUGAAUUCACCCAACAGAUUCUCGAUGGUAAUUGGGAUGAAAGCUUAAAUUCAUUGAGAAAAAUAUCCGGCCUGGACGAAUCUGUUGUCAAAUCAUCGUCGUUUGUUAUCUUAGAGCAGAAGUUUCUUCAACUUUUGAAUGAGCACAAGGUAGAAAACGCUCUAAGAGCAUUAAGAAAUGAAAUAUGGCCUCUUUCAAUAAACGUGAAUCGUAUUUGUGAGCUUUCUUCCUUCUUGUUGUUUUCUAAUCAAAGAACGAUCAAACCGAAGCCCAGAUCAGAGGUUCUCCAUGAUUUACAGAAGUUAUUUCCCCCAAAUGUUAUGAUCCCAGAACUCCGACUGCUACAUUUAGUAGAACAAGCCGUAGACCUGCAACGUGACUCUUGUUCGUUUCACAAUUCUUUAAACGGGGAUACAUCAUUAUUCAUCGAUCAUAACUGUGGAAAAGGUCAGAUUCCCUUACACACAUCACAGAUUCUAUGCCAUCAUCGCGAUGAAGUCUGGUUCUUGGAGUUUUCUCACAACGGUAAAUUCUUGGCUUCAUCUUCCAAAGAUAGAUCCGCAGUCAUAUGGGAUGUUGAUCUUGAUGGCAAACUCAAAAUUAAAUACGAAUUAUUGGGCCACAAGCAAUCAGUCUCGUGUGUUUCAUGGAGUCCCUGUGACAAUCAGCUCCUCACAUGUGGCGUCGAGGAGGUGGUGAUGCGGUGGGACGUGUUUUCCGGCAAAGUACUAUAUGUUUAUGACAAAAAUGACCUCGGGAUGAUCUCAUGUGGGUGGUCUCCGGAUGGUCAAAGGGUAUUCACGGGAAUUAACGAUAAAAGUAUCACAAUGUGGGAUUUAAACGGGAAUGAGUUGGAAUCUUGGAAGGGGCAAAAAACCCUUAGGAUUUCUGAUUUACAAAUAACGGGCGAUGGGAAGUUUAUAAUUUCAAUUUGUCGGGAAACUAUGAUACUUAUAUUCAAUAGAGAAUCAGGAGACGAACGAUUAAUAAAAGAAGAUCAUAACAUAGUUUCCUUCUCUUUAUCAAAGGACAACAAGUUCUUACUGGUGAGUCUGGUGAAUCAAGAAAUACAUCUAUGGAGUAUUGAUGGAAGUAUAAGGAUUUUGGGCAAGUAUAAAGGUCAUAAAUGUUCAAGAUUUGUGGUUAGGGCUUGUUUUGGUGGACUUGGGGAAGGAUUUGUGGCUAGUGGGAGUGAAGAUUCUCGGGUGUUUAUAUGGCAUAGAGAUACUGGUGAUGUCAUAGAGAGGCUUGAAGGUCAUUCUGGAGCUGUGAACUGUACUAGUUGGAACCCGGUGAACCCACAUAUGUUGGCAUCGGCUAGUGACGAUCGAACCGUACGUGUAUGGGGUCUGAACCAUGUAGAUGUGAACAUGUUAAAUGCACAUGCAUUGAUAGAAGUCGACGAAUCGUAUGUCUCGGAUUGAAAUAUGAAAUUUGAAAUUUAAUAUAUGAUCAAACAGAUUGGGGUUUUUAGUUGAGCGCAAAAAAGAUUGAAUGAUAUCAUGUGUGUAUACACCUGAGAAAUGGUGUUGAUGUACAGUUUAUUUUCUUGGUGUUUAGUGUUUGAUCUGUUUAUGCUAGUACUACUCUGCAUAUGUUCUGUUUGCUAUUCGAGUUUUUUGUGCCCUUGUGUUUUUUA